GCCUGGUCUCCAUAGAGAAGCGGAGCCGCCCCUCGCGCUCUCCCUCCCAGCUCCUCUCCGCCUCCCGCGCCAGGAGAGGGCGGGCGGGGAGGCGGCGCCCGGUGCCAGGAGGAGGGAGGAGGCAGGGGGCGGAGCGGAGGCAGCACCUUCCGAGAUAAUCCUUUCUCCUGCGGCAGAGGAGAGAGGAGCAGCCGGAGCGAGCGGGGCACCUCGCCGAGGCUUCGCGGGGCCGGCAGGAUGGCGACCGUGGUGGUGGAAGCCGCGGAGCCCGAGCUGUCCGGCGGCAUCGCCAACCCGGCGGCGGCGGCGGCGGCGGCGGCGGCGUCCACUUCGCCCAGCCUGUCGCACCGCUUCCUCGACAGCAAGUUCUACCUGCUGGUGGUGGUCGGCGAGAUAGUGACCGAGGAGCACCUGCGGCGCGCCAUCGGCAACAUUGAGCUGGGAAUCCGAUCAUGGGACACAAACCUGAUUGAAUGCAACUUAGACCAGGAGCUGAAACUUUUUGUAUCUCGACACUCUGCAAGAUUCUCUCCUGAAGUCCCAGGACAAAAGAUCCUUCAUCACCGGAGUGACGUGCUGGAAACAGUAGUCCUGAUCAACCCUUCAGACGAAGCAGUCAGCACUGAGGUGCGUUUGAUGAUCACUGACGCUGCUCGACACAAGCUGCUUGUGCUGACUGGGCAGUGCUUUGAAAAUACUGGGGAGCUCAUUCUCCAGUCCGGCUCUUUCUCCUUCCAGAACUUCAUAGAAAUUUUCACCGAUCAAGAGAUUGGGGAAUUACUGAGUACCACCCAUCCUGCCAACAAAGCUAGUUUGACCCUCUUCUGUCCCGAAGAAGGAGACUGGAAGAAUUCCAACCUUGACAGACACAAUCUCCAAGACUUCAUCAAUAUUAAACUCAACUCAGCUUCUAUAUUGCCAGAAAUGGAAGGACUUUCCGAGUUCACCGAGUAUCUCUCAGAAUCAGUGGAAGUCCCAUCUCCCUUUGAUAUCCUGGAACCCCCCACAUCGGGUGGAUUUCUAAAGCUUUCCAAGCCAUGUUGCUACAUUUUUCCAGGAGGGAGGGGUGAUUCUGCCUUGUUUGCAGUGAACGGAUUCAAUAUGCUCAUCAAUGGAGGGUCAGAAAGAAAAUCCUGCUUCUGGAAGCUCAUCCGACACUUGGACCGAGUGGACUCCAUCCUGCUCACCCACAUUGGGGACGACAAUUUGCCUGGAAUAAACAGCAUGCUGCAGCGGAAAAUCGCAGAGCUUGAGGAAGAGCAGUCCCAAGGCUCCACCACUAACAGUGACUGGAUGAAAAACCUCAUCUCCCCUGACUUAGGCGUUGUGUUUCUCAAUGUCCCAGAAAAUCUGAAAAACCCAGAGCCAAACAUCAAGAUGAAAAGAAGCAUAGAAGAAGCUUGCUUCACUCUCCAGUAUCUAAGCAAAUUGUCCAUGAAACCAGAACCUCUGUUCAGAAGUGUAGGCAACGCCAUUGAUCCUGUCAUUCUUUUCCAAAAAAUGGGAGUUGGUAAACUUGAGAUGUAUGUGCUUAACCCAGUCAAGAGUAGCAAGGAAAUGCAGUAUUUUAUGCAGCAGUGGACUGGCACCAACAAAGACAAGGCUGAAUUUAUGCUGCCUAAUGGUCAAGAAAUAGAUAUUCCAAUUUCCUACUUAACCUCAGUCUCAUCUUUGAUUGUAUGGCAUCCAGCAAACCCUGCAGAGAAAAUCAUCCGAGUCCUGUUUCCUGGAAACAGCACCCAAUACAAUAUUCUGGAGGGACUGGAAAAGCUCAAACAUUUAGACUUCCUGAAACAGCCACUGGCCACCCAGAAAGAUCUAACUGGCCAGGUGGCUGCGCCUGCUGUGAAACAAGUAAAACUGAAACAGAGGGCUGAUAGCCGAGAGAGUCUGAAGCCAGCCACAAAACCACUUGCCAGCAAAUCUGUGCGAAAGGAGUCUAAAGAAGAGACUCCGGAAGUCACAAAAGCAAAUCACGUGGAAAAGCCACCCAAAAUUGAAAGCAAAGAAAAAGUAACAGUGAAAAAAGACAAGCCAGUAAAAACAGAGACCAAACCUCCAGUGACCGAAAAGGAGGUGCCUAGCAAAGAAGAACAGCCUCCGGUGAAAGCCGAGGUGGCUGAAAAGCAAGCCACAGAUGUCAAACCCAAAGUCACCAAGGAGAAGGUGGUGAAAAAGGAAACAAAAGUCAAGUCUGACGAAAAGAAAGAGGAGAAGGAAAAGCCAAAGAAAGAAGUGGCUAAAAAGGAGGACAAAACACCUAUCAAGAAGGAGGAAAAACCAAAAAAGGAAGAAGUGAAAAAGGAAGUAAAAAAAGAAAUCAAGAAAGAAGAGAAAAAAGAAAUCAAGAAAGAGGUUAAGAAGGAAACACCCCUGAAGGAAGCCAAGAAGGAAGUUAAGAAGGAAGACAAGAAGGAAAUUAAAAAGGAAGAAAAGGAACCCAAAAAAGAAAUUAAGAAACUUCCUAAAGAUGUAAAGAAAUCAUCUACUCCUCUAUCUGAAGCAAAGAAACCAGCUGCAUUAAAACCAAAAGUACCCAAGAAGGAAGAAUCUGCCAAGAAAGAUUCUCUUGCUGCCGGGAAGCUAAAGGAGAAGGGGAAAAUUAAAGUCAUUAAGAAGGAAGGCAAGACAACAGAGGCUGCAGCGGCAGCCAUCGGCACUGUGGCCACUGCAGCGGCUGUGGUGGCAGCAGCUGGAAUAGCAACCACUGGCCCUGCCAAAGAACUGGAAGCUGAGAGGUCCCUUAUGUCAUCCCCUGAGGAUCUAACCAAGGAUUUUGAAGAACUAAAGGCUGAAGAGGUCAAUGUAGCAAAAGACAUCAAGCCUCAGCUGGAGCUGAUUGAAGAUGAAGAGAAACUGAAGGCAACUGAGCCAGUCACUCAAAAAGAGACAGAAGUCAUCAAAGGUUCUGCUGAGUCCCCUGAUGAGGGAAUUACCACCACCGAAGGGGAGGGUGAAUGUGAGCAAACACCAGAGGAGCUGGAGCCAGUUGAGAAGCAAGGGGUGGAGGACAUCGAAAAAUUUGAAGAUGAAGGAGCAGGUUUUGAAGAAUCUUCAGAGACUGGAGACUAUGAAGAGAAGGCAGAAACCGAAGAGGCUGAAGAGCCAGAAGAGGAUGGUGAAGAAAACGUGUGUGUGAGCACCUCCAAGCACAGCCUCAUGGAGGAGGAGGAAAGUGCCAAGGCUGAGGCAGAUGCACACAUCAAGGAGAAGAGGGAGUCUGUGGCCAGUGGUGAUGACCGAGCAGAAGAAGACAUGGAUGAGGCAGUGGAGAAAGGAGAAGCUGAACAAUCUGAGGAGGAGGAAGAUGAGGAAGACAAAGCUGAGGAUGCCAGAGAGGAAGGAUAUGAGCCUGAAAAAGCUGAAGCUGAAGAUUAUGUGAUGGCCGUGGUUGACAAGGCUGCGGAGGCUAGUGGUGCUGAGGAUCAGUAUGGAUUCCUUACCACUUCAACCAAGCAACAUGGAGCCCAGUCUCCUGCCCAGGAACCUGCAUCUACAAUUCAGGAUGAGACUUUACCUGGAGGCUCAGAAAGUGAGGCCACUGCUUCUGAUGAGGAGAAUCGAGAAGACCAGCCUGAAGAAUUCACUGCCACCUCUGGCUACACUCAGUCUACCAUUGAGAUAUCCAGUGAGCCCACCCCAAUGGAUGAGAUGUCUACUCCUCGCGAUGUGAUGAGCGAUGAGACCAACAAUGAGGAGACAGAAUCCCCAUCUCAAGAAUUCGUAAACAUCACAAAAUAUGAGUCUUUGCUGUAUUCUCAGGAAUACACCAAACCUGCUGUCACAUCACUCAAUGGGUUAUCUGAAGGCUCAAAAACAGAUGCCACUGAUGGGAAAGAUUACAAUGCUUCAGCCUCCACCAUCUCACCACCUUCAUCUAUGGAGGAAGACAAAUUUAGCAAAUCUGUUCUACGUGAUGCUUACUGUGCCGGAGAGAAAGACAAGAAAGCCAAUGCCACGUUGGAGAUCAAAGAUACCAGCUCAGCAGUUUCAGAUGAAAAACUUAGUCCAUCCAAGAGCCCAUUUCUGAGCCCGUCUCCACCAUCACCCCUGGAAAAGACGCCCCUGGGUGAACGCAGUGUGAACUUUUCUCUGACACCCAAUGAGAUUAAAGUCCCAGGAAAGACAAAAGCAGCCCCAGUAUCUCCUGAAGUGACCCAAGAAGUAGUGGAAGAACAUUGUGCUAGUCCUGAGGAUAAGACCCUGGAAGUGGUGUCUCCAUCUCAGUCUGUGACUGGCAGUGCUGGCCACACACCUUACUACCAAUCUCCAACUGAGGAAAAAACCAGUCACCUCCCCACAGAAGUCAUUGAAAAAUCAUCAGCAGUUCCAGUGAGCUUUGAAUUCAGUGAAGCCAAAGAUGAGAAUGAAAGGGCUUCCAUAAGCCCCAUGGAUGAGCCUGUUCCUGACUCAGCGUCUCCUAUUGAAAAAGUGUUGUCUCCUUUACGGAGCCCUCCUCUUAUUGGAUCUGAGUCUGCCUAUGAAAGUUUUCUGAGUGCUGAUCACAAGGCUCCCAGUAGAUAUACUGAAAGUCCCUUUGAAGGAAAGAAUGUGAAAAAAGGCUUUUCAGACCAAAUAAGUCCAGUUUCUGACAUGACUUCCACUGGUCUCUUCCAAGACAAACAGCAAGGGAAAAGCACAGACUUUAUCCCAAUAAAAGAAGACUUUGGUCAACAAAAGAAAACUGACAGUGUUGAAACCAUGAGCUCUCAAUCAGGACUGGCUUUAGAUGAAAGGAAGUUAGGAGGAGAUGUUUCUCCUACACAAAUAGAUGUCAGUCAGUUUGGAUCUUUUAAAGAAGACACUAAGAUGUCCAUUUCUGAAGGUACUGUUUCAGACAAGUCAGCUACCCCUGUUGAUGAAGGUGUAGCAGAAGACACAUACUCUCAUAUGGAGGGUGUGGCCUCAGUCUCCACAGCCUCUGUGGCUACAAGCUCAUUUCCAGAGCCAACAACAGAUGACGUGUCUCCAUCUUUGCAUGCUGAGGUCGGUUCCCCCCAUUCCACAGAAGUAGACGACUCUCUUUCCGUGUCUGUCGUGCAAACGCCUACCACUUUUCAGGAAACAGAAAUGUCUCCAUCUAAAGAAGAAUGCCCAAGACCAAUGUCAAUUUCUCCACCAGACUUUUCCCCUAAAACAGCCAAAUCCAGGACACCCAUUCAAGAUCAUAGGUCUGAACAAUCCUCCAUGUCUAUUGAAUUUGGUCAAGAAUCCCCUGAGCACUCCCUUGCUAUGGACUUUAGUCGACAGUCUCCAGAUCACCCUACAAUGGGUGCGAGUGUGCUUCACAUCACUGAAAAUGGGCCAACUGAGGUGGACUACAGUCCUUCUGACAUGCAGGACUCUAGUUUAUCGCAUAAGAUAGCACCAAUGGAGGAGCCAUCCUACACCCAAGAUAAUGAUCUUUCAGAGCUCAUCUCAGUAUCUCAGGUCGAGGCCUCCCCGUCCACCUCUUCUGCACAUACCCCUUCUCAGAUAGCUUCUCCUCUCCAAGAAGAUACUCUAUCUGAUGUUGUUCCUCCCAGAGAUAUAUCAUUAUAUGCCUCACUCACCUCUGAAAAAGUGAGAAAUCUGGAAGGAGAGGCAUUGUCACCAAAAUCUGAUAUUUCUCCACUCACCCCAAGAGAGUCUUCUCCUUUAUAUUCACCUGGUUUUUCAGAUUCUACCUCCGCAGUCAAAGAGAACACAGCAGCUUAUGACACGUCUGCUCCUCCAUCAAUGGAAGCAACAUCCACAGAGCCCUAUGGCUUCCGUGCCUCGAUGCUGUUUGAUACAAUGCAACGCCAUCUAGCCUUGAAUAGAGAUUUGACCACAUCUGGUUUGGAGAAGGACAAUGGAGGGAAGACUCCUGGUGACUUCAGCUAUGCCUACCAGAAGCCUGAGAAAACAAGCAGUUCCCCAGAUAAAGAAGGUUACCCCUAUGAGUCUUAUGAGAAACCCACCCGAACCCCAGAGAAGGGUGGCUAUUACUAUGAGAAGACAGAGAGAACCACUAAGGCCCCAAAUGACAGUGGCUAUUCUUAUGAGACCAUUGAGAAAACCACCAAGACUCCUGAAGAUGGUGGCUGUGCUUAUGAAAUUACUGAAAAGACCACACGGGCCCCGGAAGAGGGUGGGUACUCAUACGAGAUAAGUGAGAAGACAACAAGAACCCCUGAAUUGAGUGGUUAUAGCUACGAAAAGACUGAGAGGUCUAGUAGACUGCUGGAUGACAUCAGCAAUGGCUAUGAUGACUCUGAAGAUGGUGGCCACACACCUGGAGAUUCCAGCUACUCUUAUGAGACCACUGAGAAAAUUUCCAGUUUCCCUGAGUCUGAAAGUUACACCUAUGAGACAUCUACAAAAACUACACGAACCCCUGAUGCUUCCACAUACUGCUAUGAGACGUCAGAGAAAAUCACUAGAACCCCUCAGGGGAGUACAUAUUCCUAUGAGACUUCAGACCAGUGCUACACUACAGAAAAUAAGUCCCCCUCGGAGGCUCGCCAGGAUGUUGACUUAUGCCUCGUGUCCUCCUGUGAAUACAAACAUCCCAAGACAGAGCUGUCACCCUCCUUCAUUAAUCCCAAUCCUCUCGAGUGGUUUGCCAGUGAAGAGCCAACUGAAGAAUCUGAGAGGCCCCUCACCCAAUCAGGGGGUGGCCCUCCGCCUCCAGGAGGAAAGCCACAGGGGCGACAAUGUGAUGAAACCCCUCCCACCUCAGUCAGCGAGUCGGCCCCAUCUCAGACUGACUCCGAUGUCCCCCCGGAGACUGAAGAGUGUCCCUCCAUCACAGCUGAUGCAAAUAUCGACUCUGAAGAUGAAUCAGAAACCAUCCCCACAGACAAAACCGUCACAUACAAACACAUGGACCCACCUCCAGCCCCCAUGCAGGACCGCAGCCCUUCUCCACGCCACCCUGAUGUGUCCAUGAUGGACCCAGAGGCCUUGGCCAAUGAGCAGAACCUGGGCAAAGCUCUGAAGAAAGACCUGAAAGAGAAGACCAAAACCAAAAAGCCAGGUACAAAGACCAAGUCAUCUUCGCCUGUCAAAAAGAGUGAUGGGAAGUCCAAGCCUUCUGCAGCUUCACCCAAACCAGGGGGCUUGAAAGAAUCUUCAGAGAAGGUAUCCAGAGUAACUUCUCCUAAGAAGAAGGAAUCAGUGGAAAAAACAACAAAACCCACCACCACACCUGAGGUCAAAGCUGCACGUGGGGAAGAGAAAGACAAGGAGACCAAGAAUGCCGCCAACGCCUCCGCAUCCAAAUCAGUCAAAACUGCAACUGCAGGACCAGGGACCACCAAGACAACCAAACCCUCAGCUGUGCCUCCAGGCCCGCCUGUGUACUUGGACCUGUGCUAUAUUCCCAACCACAGCAAUAGUAAGAAUGUCGAUGUCGAAUUUUUCAAGAGAGUGAGGUCGUCCUACUACGUGGUGAGUGGGAAUGACCCUGCUGCCGAGGAGCCCAGCCGGGCUGUCCUGGAUGCCCUGUUGGAAGGGAAGGCCCAGUGGGGCAGCAACAUGCAGGUGACCCUGAUCCCGACUCAUGACUCCGAGGUGAUGAGGGAAUGGUACCAGGAGACCCAUGAGAAACAACAAGACCUCAACAUCAUGGUUCUAGCAAGCAGCAGCACUGUGGUUAUGCAAGAUGAAUCCUUCCCUGCAUGCAAGAUCGAACUGUAAAGACCAAGGCCAGCCACACCACAGGAUUUGAACUUUGUUUCCAGAAAUUCUUCAGUUUGAAACUACUUUUUCUAAAAAGUCAAUUCAUCUAAAUAAGUCACUGAACUGUUACCUGCCAAAUGCUAUACUGUGUCAUGGUGGUGCAAGUCACUAAUAUUGCUCAGUUUUUGCUGAUUGCUAAGGGAAAUAACAGUAUCCCCACAAUAGGGUUCAAGUUACUGCAAAAUGACCUACCCUAGUUCAUCUCUGCUGAACAUUUGGAAUUCAUGCACUAGCAAACUCAAUUGACUUCUGCUAGGUAGAGGCAUUUGUCUUAGAGAGGAAGAGAGAAAGCAAGAGGAAGAGAGGAAGAGAGAGAGAGAGAGAGAAUGCAGGAAAGAGAGAGAAUGAGAAAGAAAAAGAAUGCAAGGGAAGGAGAUAUAAUGGUAGAGAGGGCUGGUGAGAUACCCAGAGAGGAAAAGGGAGAACAGGGUGGGGUAAGGAAGAGAAAAUAACCAAUAAUUUGGUCUGCAUUUUCUUAGGCAGUUUAUAUUCUGUAGUCCAUAUAUGCAGAGUUUUCAACUUGUGUCAGUCUGAGUUAUCAAAAAGGGUCUUGAUUUUCUAAAACAAGCUGGCUGGAAGAACACUAAAGAACAAAACUUUUCCUGAGGGCAUGUGAGAUUUUCAUGCUGUAAUUAAGCUCCUUCAGUUGAAUGCUGCACACUGACAUAACGUAGUGAGUGUAGAUUGGACACACAAGUGGUUUGAACCCCAUUUGGAACUCUCAGACUCUUCCAACACAUGAGUAGAUUGGUCUAAGGCAUGUUCCCAGCACUUUGUGUACCCAGUUAGUUCACUCUGAGUCAAUUAACCUGCAUGCGGAAACAACCAAUUCCACCCCAAUGAACAAGCAAAUACCAAAGCAGUUGGGAGGACAUACGGUAGACAAUUUGCCUUAGAAAGUGACUUGAAUGUACAAAGAUACUUGAUGCACUUAUUUUUUAAUGCGAGACAGCAAGUAUAUUAAACAUUCAUGUAGGAUUAUAGCUACUCCAGUUACAGGAGCAUGUGUGUACGCGUGUGGGGGUACUAGAAGCCAAUCUGAUUGGUGCAACAGUUUGAUGCUGAGUCAUGCACGUAGUUUACCACCUCAGUGCCCCUCUGGCCCCUCAGCCAAACACGCUGAGCCUUUAAUAGCUUCUUUACUACUGUGAGCUCAAGAUUGAAGUGGCUUCUAUGAUCAGAACUGGGAAACUGAAUUGAAUGAUGGAAGAGGUUUUUCAGCAAGUAUACAGUAUUUACCUUCCUUUGUCUUGCAUUGGCUUUUUUUUUUCUUUUCCAUUUUUCGUUAAAUUCAGUAUAAUUAUGGGAACAAGUGUACAAAAGAAAAAAAAUUUUUUUUAAGCUAUGUCAGGACUUUUCAUAGAUGAACUUUUUAACAAAUGUUUUCAUUUGCAGGAAAAUGCAAAGAAAAUUUUCAAGUGACAGUUUUUUGUUUUGUUUGUUUUUGUUUUUUAAGUGUUUCGUAAGACAAAAUGGAUAAUGUUUUUGAAGUUCUGGCGAGAUUGAAGUCUGAUAUUGCAGUGGUAAUAUUUAUUAAAGCCCAUAACUGUCCUGCAGGAAGUGAUCCCUCCCACCCUGCUUCAUACAUAACAAUCUGAGUAUGUGCUGUUUGCGAGUGGGGAGAAAGGCGUGGUAGUCUACUUUCCCAGGCUUCCACAUCACCCAGUGAUAUCCUGCAUUCUUCUUUCAAGAUCUUCAACCAUGAGGUUAAAGAGCCAAGACACGUUCAAAAAACCCUAGUGAAAAUUUGCUUUGGGAUUUCUUUUCUGGAAAAAAAUAAAAAUAAAAAAGAAACAAUACAUUGAAAACAAAUGAAUUCCCAACUCUUACUGUUCAUCGUGUAGAGUUCAGAGAUUGUUCCCAUCAUUGAACUAUAAAUCUGGGAAGCCAGAUCACGAUUCAAACGGACGUCAGGCCUCGAGUGACAGAUCCAUCACCCGGUGUCCUGGCGUGACGAACUUCUCAGUGACGACUGUGCUGUGCUCUGUCAUGUGGCGUUUCCCGCAGAUUCUGAGAUCUACGGAGUAGUGAACAAUGACCUCAUUUUAUUUAUUUCAAAAGUAACAUUUUAGUUUAUUUUUGUCUGAUAAGUGUAUGUUUUGCACUGCUAACUACUAUGAGGGUUUAAACAAUGCUUCUUCAGGGUCCCUUCACUGAGGACCUAUGCAGUCUACUUAAUGCUGUGAAUUACAUUUUCAAAUGUUUAAUUUUUUUAAGAAAAAUUAAUAUUCUAUUUUUUUUAGGUUUCUCUAGAAAUGCAGCUUUUAUUUAUUACUCCAUUUCCCCCCCAAGUCCUUAAUAACAACACAUUAAGGGUACAAAAUAUUACCACAUGAUGGAAAACUCAUUGUGACAAAAAUGAAUUUAAUUGAGCAUAAACUCACCUGCUUUAAACUUAUUUAAUGAGACAACCUAAGAUACCCAAGACAAUGAUUUAACGAUUGGGGGUUGAGUUAGCCCACAUUAUGCAUGGGAAGAGGAACAGAUUCCCAGUCUUCUUGCCAAAUCCAGACCUCUGGUUGACUUUUCUUUGAUAGAAGAUGGAAUUAUUCUCCAAUUUCUCCAAUUAAAUUUACUUAACAUGUCUUUUUUUUUUUUUUUUUUUUUUUUUUUUUUUUUGCUUUAAAAAUAUACAAACAUUUUAGGAGCAUUAUAACCAGUCUUCAAUUAUAAUGAUUUUUAUCCCACUCCUUUUUUCUUUUUUUUGCUUUGGGAUUUAAGGGAAACAUAAACAAGCUGGUCUUUGUAAAAAUAUACAGCUGGUCUUUUUCCUAUGAAAUAUCAGUACCUUUCUUCAUUCAUUGUUCUCAGUGAUGACCACAGAGCCCAAGUGUACCAGGAAAACCAAUAUUUGCAUUACAGGUUGCUCCUGUCCUUCCAGAAACCUUUUCUCUACCUGGGUGACUAACCUAAUCUUGCUGGUCCCAUAAAUACACAAUUAGUUUAGUAUCAGCCAUCACAAUGUACCAUGUACAUUCAUGGUGAGAGCUAAAGAUUGACACAGUCUUCUAGGAGCUGUAUUCAUGCUGGUUACUUGAUCCAAUUGUAUAGAUGGAAUAUUUGAGUGGAAGGAAUUUACACUCUUUAAGUGAUGGGAUUCCAUCGAGAUAGCACUCAUGAUCAUGACCUUUUUGGUAGUAUUCUUAAGCAAAAUUCUACAGAGACUAAAUGUUAGAGAAGACCCUCCAUUUUCAAUUUUAACUAAUUAUAUCCCCUUUCUCAAGACCCAACCCUUGUGCAUGCUUUCUCAGCCUUGUGGGACUGGAUACAAUGACUGACCCCCCUCCCCAAACACCAUUUUCCAUGGAGUUAAAAAAAUUUUUUUCUUAACCUUACAUAUCAUAGUGAAUGGUUUCCCCAGUGUAUAUGAAUGUUUUAAGUGUCUCCAAUAGCUUAUGCAGUUUAGAAGCUUUUCAAUAGUCAUUUAAUAAGAUUAAAUCAUUUGCUAAUUGGGAAUUUUACCACCUUCCAUUGUUCCUGUAUUACCAAACUUCAGCUCUUGGGAGCUGUUCUAUGAUUCUGAACUGCUUUUCUUGCUUCUCUUAGUCCCCUGUCUGUCACAGGAGGUUCUCGCUCAGUGAUGACAUUGUGAGUUAGAUUUAAUAACCUUAUUUUCUUUGCGCUUCAGAUGUAGAAGAAAAGAUCCUGCUUCCAUUUGAAAGGAACUGUAAGCUUUUAUCUUCUAACUAACUGAACAACACACCAAAAGCAGCCUAAGGAUGAGCAUUUCUUUGAAAGCAAUUAGGUUCUUCACCUGGUAUUAAAACGAUUUACUAUUUUAAAAAAAUCUGUGACUUUCUUGGUUUAAAAGGCAGCAUCAAAAACUGCAAAGGAAGGGGGAAAUAGCUUCUCUGCACUUGUUCGGAGCUCCCAGAGCCGACCAUCGAGAUGGGGCAUCCAGCCCAUCUGCCCUUUCGGGAACACCCUGGCCAAGGCCAGGUCGGGGGGCUUCUGUACGCAGAAGGCAGCCCUCCUCCUUCCGGCCCCGGAACAAGGUGAUCUUGCGGCUGGUGGAGAGGCAUACCCCCCCCUCUCUUAUUCUGAAUGGUGUUUGUGUCAGUCUGCAGCUGUGUAUGGUAUUAUGUCUUAUAAUCCUGCAUCACUUCUAUCCUAUCCAGUCAUAUCUAAUGUAGAAAAUUAGUUUCCAGUGGAAGUAAUAUGUAGUGCUUUUAUGAUAUUUGUGUGCAAUAUCCCCUCUUCCAUUGAGGAUAUUUGAUGUAAAAGAUUAAAAAACAAAAUGCAGUUCCACAAUAAAAUACAAAAGUGGCAAAAGUU